GCUGGAGAUGCUCUGAAGAUCCGGAAUGCCAUUGUUGACGCCCGCCGGGUGCGGCCAUCCCGAGUCCUGCUGAGCUUGGGGAGCGCCGGCGAGAAGGAGACUCGCUCGGUGCCGACCUCCCACGUGAAAGACUUUGGCGCUUCGUGCCCUGCGCACCUCCCACGUGAAAGACUCGGAGCUUUGCUACACGUACAGGGUGUUACAGGGAUGAGGGGUUUACAGGGUGUUGUGGCGGUUUUUAAUUGGUCAUUAGUAGAGGCACGGGUCCACCCCCAGUGAAAUCAGGAGGGUGUGUUUAGAAAGUUUGAAAGGAGGCCGUAGAAACCUGUAAAAGCCUGUACGUCUAGCAUUUUUGCAAAUAGGCAGUAGUACUACUCGAUGCAAUAGUUAUUUUCUAAUCUAAGGGUCAUGUGGGAGACUCGACCGAGGACCAAGCACGACGACCACGAGUCCACGACCAAUGAAUCUGGCCGGGUUUUCUCUUUUCCCCACGGAAGAGCAAGUGCGCCGCUGGUAGAUAAAGGGAGGAGGAAACCACGGGGAAAGAGACUGCUGCUUGGCCGCACAUGCAUGUAGGAUGAUUAAAAGCUUUGGACGUAACGAAACCGUCUGUAUAAAUUAUCCUCCCUGCAAGCAAAGCUUGUGCGUACUACUACUAGCCACAGAUUCAGCCAACUUUCCAUUUCCCCACCCCAAGAAUGCUCUCCGGCGUGUUUCUCAUAGCAGCGCUGCUGCUGCUCUUCUGCCCCACACCGACAGCCGGCGAUGGUGGGUUUUCAAUGUCCUCUCUCGGCUUCAACAGCUCCCAACUGAUGGUUUUCACCAGAAAUAUGCAAAGGUCAGCCCAUGAGCUGUUCCUCGACAAAAGUCUCUCUGCGUUGAACAACUCAAUGGGGCUCAUCGUCUUACCGGUGAUGUUCUCCUUCUCCCUAGAAUCCACUUCCGUCUACGCAAACUUCACCAUGCAAGGCUCUUCCCCUGCCUCCUUCACCGUAGUAUUCGCCAUGCUUCCGGCAGAUGUCCUUAGGAACGUCGGCACGAGGUACAUCAUCAACGGCGUUGACCAAACUAACAACAAUGAGAAGACGAUCGGCAGCAACGAGUUUGCUGCCGUCGAGAUUGGCACGCUGAGGUCGAGCUUGAGCUUCCCAGGCCAGCCGGGUGUUGGCCUCAAUGUCACCGUCACGCCCAUCAAGAUCCAGAGCCUCGCCGUGAGGGUCGACUACUUCUACUCCAAAUCCAGGGCGGCGGUGUACGUUGGCCCCGUCGGCUCCGAACAAGGGCCCGACUUGGUUGCCAGUGGGCCGGUCAAUAUAAAGAAGAUGGAAGAAGUCGAUUUCGCCUUCAUCGGCUUCUUCAGCGACCGUGUGAGCAACAUCUUGAGCAAUAUCAAACCUUGGGGGCUGAGUGUGCAAAGUGUUCGUCCGAAGCACAAAGGGCCGUCAUGGCUGGUCAUACUGCUCUCGGUUGUCGGAUCAGCGGCUGCCACGGCCAUUACUGCUGCUGCUUUCGCGGUCUACUACAGGUCCAAGUACAGGAGGUGGAACAAGGACCUGCAGCGGCUGGCCAGGUCCAUGCAGCACCUCCCGGGGAUGCCAAGGCACGUCGACUUCGCCGACAUCAAGAAGGCCACCAAAAACUUCCAUAGCAGCAUGCAGCUGGGAGCAGGCGGAUUCGGGGCCGUCUACAGAUGCAAGCUUCCGGCGGCGCCCGAAGUUGGGGGGCCGGAGGUGGAGGCGGCCGUCAAGAAGUUCACCCGCAACCACAACGGGUGCUACGAUGACUUCAUGGAGGAGGUCAGCGUCGUCAACCGUUUGCGCCACCGGAACAUCGCUCCUCUUGUCGGCUGGUCUUACCACUCAGGCGUGCCCCUCCUCAUAUUCGAGCUCAUGCCAAACGGCAGCUUGGACCAACAUCUGUUCCAUCCAACAAGGGCACGCUUCCUCCAGUGGGAGACGAGAUAUGACAUCGUCAAGGACAUAGCCACCGGCCUGCACUACGUCCACCACGAGUACGAGCCAGCGGUGCUCCACCGCGACAUCAAGGCGAGCAAUGUCCUGCUCGACUCCGCGUUCCGCGCCCGCCUGGGCGACUUCGGCAUUGCCCGCGCGGUGGGCCUCGACCGGAACUCGGUCACCGGCUUCGCCGGGACACGGGGUUACAUAGCGCCGGACUACGCGUGCAGCUACAAGGCCACGAGGGAGACGGACGUCUACGCGUUCGGGGUGGUCGUCCUCGAGAUCGUCACCGGCAAGCCGGCGCUCCAUAGGGACGUCCCGUCUGACAACAUCAUGUCCGACUGGGUCUGGCAGCUUCACCGGGAGGGGGAACUGAUCAACGCCGUGGACGGUGUGCUCGCGGCUGCCGGGUUCGACGCCGACGACGCCAGGCGGCUGCUGCUGCUUGGCUUGGCGUGCACCAACCCAAACCCGGCCGACCGGCCGAGCAUGGCGACAGUGGUGAGGGUGGUCACCAAGCUGGCGCCGUCGCCGGACGUCCCUCUGGAGAGGCCGACGUUCGUCUGGCCGCCUCAGGGGCUGUGCACAUCAACGCCGGGAUCAACCUGUGGAACAGGAACAAGUAUUUUUCGUACGGUGGGCUCAUCCGCCAUGGUGGAGCUCGAGCAGCUGAGUGAAGAGCUGCCUAUUGUUGUAUUCCAGGCAUCAGCUGGCACAACAAGUGGGCAGGCAAGGACAUCGAUCGAAACAGCACCAGCUCAGCCAUCUCGUGGCACCACCAGGUCUUCCUGAGCUGCCAGAACAAUUUCAUUUUCUUUCGUAUAGAAAACAGACAGAGAAAAAAGGGAGAGAUUUUCGCUUCCCUGCCUCCGCACCAACUAGGAAUGUAUAGUCAUUUUAGUAUGAGUAAAAUAUAAACAAGGUCCUCAAUUUUUUUUAAAUAAGUAUCAAGAUAUUUCUUUUGGGUUUUAUCAGUUUUGUCAUCGGUUGUACUACACUACUCAGUUCUGCCACUAAAUUUUUUCACUGCUCAGAAAUGUCACUGUUCCGUUAGGCGCGUGCUCAAAAAAGCCAUUUUUUCACCGUUAUUGAGCAGUGAAAAAAAUUAGUGGCAGAACUGAGUAGUGCAGUAGAACCGAUGGCAAAACUGAUAAAAACCCUUUUUUUAAUGAGUGGUCCCACCACACACCAAGCUUGACCCUUAAUAAAUAGAGGAAAACCCAUGUGCAUCACCUAUCAAUUCUAGGAAUUGAACUCGGGUUGUUAGGCUGCACAACUACAUGCCUAACCACUGAGCCAAAGCUCUCUCUGCACGGCAUUAUCCGGAGAUCGACGACCAAACAGAAACUGCCCCAGUGUCGUCCGCUCGGGCGACACUGGAGGGCGAAUCCUAGCCAAUCAAUGGCCUUCUCUCCGUCGAUCUCUCCCUCGCCGCUGCUGGUGGCCCGCAUGGGCAAAGCCACUGCGGCGGUAGGCGGCGACGAGGCCUCCUCUCGCGCCCUCCUUGGUUGGUGGGAGGCUCCGUUGCACCCUGGCCGCUAGAUCUGUUCGUCUUCGGGGCGGCGGCGGCUCCUUAAGGAGUUCGUCGGGCGGGAUCGGCUGCUCGCCGGGCGCGUGGUAGUGAGGCGAGGUGGAGGAAGCGACGGACGUGGUGCUGGAGGCCAGAGGAAGAGGCGCGGCCAAGCCCUGCGGCGCCGGUGCUGAAACCGGUGUGUCUUGCGGCACUCGCGCCUGAACUGUUCAACCUUGGGCUCGUCUGGGCCGGAGGUUGACCCACUCCUUUCGAUCGCCGGGAGUCGGCCGACGGUGUGUGGACUGCUGGAUCGACCAAAAUAAUGGUGGUUUUGGCCCUGUUAUUCUUCUAACGCCAACUCGUCGAUCGACCAAAUCUGCCUCCUCGAUUGGACCGCCGUCGAGUUCCGUUCUUCCUCUCAGAGAUAUUCGUAGUUUGUCACAAGAUGCUACGGAUAUCUAGAGCGGAAUCGAUGCGGUCAUGCACACCCUUUUUGGGUGAGGCGCGAAGGUUCGUCUUUUCGUCGUCAUCA